AUGGCAUUUUCACUUAGGACGAAGACGUUUUCGUUUACAGAAGGAGAAUCUCCACUUCAAUCGUUCAACGAGAUUCUUUAUCUAGAUCAAUGGCAGAGUAGCAUCUACUAUACCCUAUGUGCCGCUUACGCAACCGUUUCCUUCAUUGCACUUAUACAACUGGUGCGGAUUCAAAUGAGAGUGCCUGAAUAUGGUUGGACAACGCAGAAGGUUUUUCAUUUGAUGAAUUUUCUCGUCAAUGGAGUGAGGGCUGUUAUUUUUGGUUUGUACGACAGUGUUUUCGCAAUUAAGCCAAAGGCAUUUGAACAGGUGUUAAUGGAAGUUCCUGGUCUUCUGUUUUUCUCUACUUAUACAUUGCUGGUGUUGUUUUGGGCAGAGAUAUAUCACCAGGCUAGAAGUGAACCUGCACAAAAGCUUAGGCCUGCUUAUUUUUCAAUAAAUGGAGUUAUUUACUUCAUACAAAUUUGCCUCUGGAUUUAUAUGACUGCAAGCAAAACUGCCACCGGCUAUGGAGCCGCUAAACUCUUCCUUGCAGUUAUAUCAUUUUGUGCUUCUCUUGGAUUUUUGUUGUAUGGUGGAAGGUUGUUUUUCUUAUUGAGGCGCUUCCCCAUUGAAUCGAGAGGUCGUCAAAAGAAGCUUUACGAGGUUGGAUCAGUAACAAGUAUUUGCUGCACAUGUUUCUUGAUAAGAUGUGCUUUGCUUGCUGUUUCAGCAUUCAAUGAGAAAGCAGAUCUUGAUGUUUUGGAUCAUCCCAUACUUAACUUAAUGUAUUAUUUGUUGGUAGAGAUUGUUCCAUCAGCAUUGGUGUUGUUCAUUCUGCGAAAGCUUCCUCCAAAACGAGUUUCAGAUCAGUAUCACCCUAUUAGAUAA